AUCCUUUACUUAAAAGAAAUUAUUUUGCUGAGCGGGUACUAAGAAGCAGCAAGCAAAAGCAUUGGUGGCGUUGGCGGAGAUGACUGAGGCUUUUCGCUCCCCUUUCUCCUCCACACAUUCAAUGAAUCUGUUGCAUCAUCAUCGUUAUGUUUGUUUUCAGUUUAGGAAGAGGGACAGUCACGGUCGCAGUCCUAAUGGUAGUAAUAGUGUACUGUUAACAAAUGAGAAGUCGGAGUUGAGGCUGAGGAUGAGAUGCAAAUCGGAAUGUGAUGGGGAUAAAGAAGUGGCAGCACGAGACAGAAUAAUAACAUUCGGGAAAUAUAAAGGGAAGAUGAUGGGAAGCGUUCCGUCGAGGUACCUCAAGUGGGUGUCCAACAAUUUAAGAGCGGGGUAUUUUUUGGAGUGGGCAGAGCUCGCAGACCAAGUCCUUCAAGAUCCAAUCUACAGAGACCGCAUGGAGUGGGAGUUGGCUCUCAGUGUCUUGAAUGGUGACACUCACAGUCACACUCUCUCUUCGUCUUCCUCUGCGGUCUCCGAGCUGCUCGACAUUAGCGACAGGUUUGGUUGGGAUAACCAAGACAAGCUUGGUUGGAGCAAAGUCGAUUUUGACCUUCUCGGCACCACCAAAGGCGGUAGAAUUCCUAGACGACUUGCACCGCUCAAUAAUCAGUCGCACCCAUCCGCCUCCAUUACACUCGCCAAGUCAACGACAAGGAGGAUGCAGAGAAGAGAGAGGCAGAGGAACACGAGUUUGAGGACACAAGAAGUAUACCACCACCAGCAGCCGAAGAACAUGAAGAAUGUUGAUAAUGUUGAUUAUGUUGAUAAUGGUGGCGGGGAGAUGGUGCGGAAGAAUCAGCAUCCGAACCAGAAUGUGAUUGCCAAUCCUUUCCCGGGACGUCAGGCACUCCUGGCACACUACCACCGUGCACUCAAGCACCACAAGAAGCUUACUGUUAAUAUUGAUCAAGACUGUUGAGUUAAACUGCUGCUGAUGAUUUUGUUUUAUAAUACAGUAUCUGCAAUUCAAUUGUUUAGCUUGCAUUGGCUUUCAGGAGUUUGAACUUUGAAAAACAAAGAACUGGGAAUUCGUGUCCUCACUCAUAAUUGUAGUAAUAUCCAUCAUGACUUUCAACGUA